AUGCUUUUUAAUCUUUUUCUUCUACUUUGUAUUUUUACUAGAAUUCAUUCGAAAUUACUUACUUAUACAUUAUAUCAAACAGAUGAUAUAUGUCAAUAUAAUUGGAAAGGAUCAAUUUGUUUACCGAUUUUUUCUUUAAAUGAAACAGAUGAACCAUUAUUAUUUAAACUUGAUAUAAAUAAUCAUAAUCAAUGUCCAACACAAACUCUUGUCUAUAUUCGUACUCAACAAUGUAUUUAUUGUUCAAAAAAUCUUCAUGAUAUUCAUUGUAAUCAUAUUCGAUUACGACGAAUGAUACCAGUAAAUAAAGAACAUACAUAUCGAAAUCAUAUUGCUGUUAUUAGUAUUAGCCUUGCUGGAAUGUUAAUUAUCGGUAGUCUAUUUAGUUUAUUUUUUAUUAAACGAUCUAACGCACAUACAAAUUUACUUGAAUUAUUCAAUUCUCAACAAACAUCUAAUUCUAAUAUAAAAUCAUUAAAUCAUAUAAAAGUACCUAAAACUAUUAAAACAACUCCUAGGAAUCAAUUACAAUUAACUAUUCCAAAAACAAUGAAAUAA